AUGUGUAACUUUAUCAAGAGUAACGGAGAACAGUGCAAGCUUGCUCGCAACAAAGAUCGAUGCGGGAAACAUCAGAUUAUUGCAGUUGAACAAAAUAAUCUUGAGAUCAGUAUAGUAGAAGAAAUGUCACCACGAGUAAGUACUCCAGCUAAUACCGAAGUUGUUGAUACGCCAGCGCCAUCGGAGAUCAAGCCCGCCGAGGUCUCGAACUUG